GUCAGGCUCCAAACAGGAAGAAAACAUCCAGUUGUUCUCCGGAGCAGGGACUGGUGCAGCAGCCUGUGUUGAAGUGGCUCAGUAAUGAGGCGGGUUUGAGAGCCGGGUCGGUACCAUGGUGUGUCCGGAGUAGCUCCAGAACCGACUGAUAGCACAGAAACUCAGUGCUGCUCCACUUUCCUCCGGUCCGACCGUUGAAACGCGGUGUGAAUGAGUGACGUGGUGCCUCCCACAGCUCUUAGUGAAGUCCAGCUCCGCUUCCUUUGUCACGAUGACAUAGACAACGUCAAACUGCUCUGUGGUGACUGGUUCCCCAUCGAGUAUCCAGACUCAUGGUAUCAAGACAUCACCUCCAACAAGAAAUUCUUCUCCCUCGCUGCCACCUUCAGAGGAAGCAUCGUGGGGAUGAUCGUGGCCGAGAUCAAGAGCCGGACCAAAGUACACAAGGAGGAUGGAGACAUCCUGGCCUCCAGUUUUCCUGUGGAGACGCAGGUGGCCUACAUCCUCAGCCUAGGAGUGGUCAAAGAAUUCAGGAAACACGGCAUUGGCUCCCUGCUGCUGGACAGCCUGAAGGAGCACAUCUCAACCAUCGCUCAGGACCACUGCAAGGCCAUCUACCUGCACGUCCUCACCACCAACAACACUGCCAUCCACUUCUAUGAGAACAGGGACUUCAGGCAGCACCACUACCUUCCCUACUACUACUCCAUACGCGGCGUCCUCAAAGACGGAUUCACCUACGUGCUCUACAUCAACGGCGGCCAUCCGCCCUGGACAAUAUUUGACUACAUCCAGCACAUCGGUUCUACUCUGGCCAGCCUGAGCCCCUGCUCCAUCCCUCAGAGGUUGUACCGCCAGGCCCAGUCGCUGCUGCGCUCGCUGCUCCCCUGGUCCAACAUCGCUUCAAAAACCGGCAUCCAGUACAGCAGGACCAUGUGACGCGGAACAACCGACGGCGCCUCCGGUCUGCCGGCUGCCUGAGCCUCUUUGUCUGUUUUUAAUGUCAUGUUUUUUAUUUUUAGGAGCCUCCGUCAGUCUUCCCCUGUACAGACCAAGUUCACCACAUUCUUUCUCUCUGAUGCCUUCCCUCUUCCUGCGUGCACCAUAAAGGACUCAGGUUCAACAUCUCCUCAUUCUCCACCACAUCUGCUCCUAAACCUGCAGCCUAAACAGGGUCGUAUUUUUAGUAGCUGCAGGCGAUUUUUGGAGGAAAAGCCGCAGCUUUUCUAGUUAUUCACUUCCUGUAUUUGGAUAUAGAUAUAACACUACGCCACUGAGGUCAUCACCCUGUCUGUAAAUUCACCGCGUUAUCUAAGGAAGCAGAGAUUAUUCACUGGAUGAACAGACCCAUAAUGAGACUGAAGUUUUACCGUUACCAUAUCUCCUUUAUCUUGUCAGAUACUAUGUAUUCUAUUUGUAUAUAUAUUAUAUUUAGCUAAUAUAUAAAUCUAUCUUAAAAUGUUUGUGGAUUCUAUUGUAUGUCACUGGGCUCAGUUGGAUGAACAUCCAUCCCAUAAUCCCCCUUUUUUAGAGUAAAUUUAAGCCUGAAUUAAUUUAGUUUUUAUAAAUUGGCACAAAAAUAAUCCAUUAUUGUUAAACUGGUUAUAUGUCAUUUAGUAGAAAUAAAAUGUUACUAAACUAAAACGGAGAAAGUGGGACAUUUGUUUUCAAUUUCUGCUUUAAAAUCUGUUUUGUUUUGGGGUUUUUUUGUUAGCAGGCAGAUUAUAGUUGAUCCACAUUCAGUUCUUGGUUUUAGAGAUUUUAAAAGCUGAAUCCCUCCUCUUCUAACUUUGCUGCUAAUGUAAAGAAAUUUCUAAAUGUGAAGAAAUAAAAUCGACCCGGUUUAGAUUUUUUAUGUCGGCCUGUUAAAGAGAUUAGAAGACAUCAAAGCGUCCAGAGGACAUUCAGGUGUGCGUUUGUUUCUCAGCGCUGGGUUUGUCGUUCUGCUGCGUUUCAUUCGCUUCACAGGGUCAGAAGUUUGAUCUGUCAGACAAAAACUAAAGGUUUUUUACCUUAGAAACCGUUGAUCUACCUGCAGUAGACGAAUGUCUUGGUUACAUCGACUUUGGUUCCAACACUUCAUGUUAAACAUUUAACAGAUUAUUUUACCCAGAGAACAACUGUUCUGGAAACAGGAAGUGAGGCAGUCAGGGUGGGAAUUAAAUAAAAAAAAAAAAAUGGAGUUUUCUACUGCAGGUAAGAUAUUGACUACUUCACUCACUCCGAGUAUUUGGAGCUAUUCUUUGAAAUAUUUUCCUGUUCAGGCUGUGAAACUAUCAGGAUUAGUUAUUUGUAGAGUUCAGUGAUCAGACCAAACUGGG